UGUGCAUUCUCCUUGUCUUGAAAAAUCAUAAUAAUAAAAUACAUGUAUUAUUUACAUACAUAGUAGAAGGUGAAAGUUUCCAAUACAUUAACCACAUUAACUUGGAAUUUGUUUCAGUUACUCAGUUAGUCUUUGCCAAACUGUUGACGACCAAGCAAUUAAAUUAAAUCUAAAAAUCAAAUCAAAAGUAUUUUUUUUUUAUUCAAUUAAAAUGAAAUUAUACUCUGUUUCUGAUGGCCCACCAUCACUUGCUUGUCAACAAGCAUUAAAAGCACUUAAUUUGGAUUAUCAAUUAAUUAAUGUUGAUUAUGGAAAAGGACAACAUAUGACUGAUGAAUAUGCACAAUUAAAUCCACAAAAAGAAAUUCCAACAUUUAUUGAUGAUGACCUUGUCAUAGGAGAGAGUAAUGCUAUUCUUCAAUAUCUUGGUGAUAAAUAUGAUGUCAAUGGAAUUCUUUAUCCCAAGGAUCCAAAAACACGUGCAAUUGUUAAUCAUCGUUUGUGUUUUAAUCUUGCAAUGUAUUAUCGUAACAUCUCUGAAUACGUGAUGGCACCAAUAUUUUUUGAUUACAAACGUACUCCUUUGGGAUUAAAAAAACUUAAAAUAUCACUUGAUGUUUUUGAAACGUAUUUAAAAAAAUCAAAUGGAAAAUAUGCUGCUGGAGAUAAAUUGACAAUUGCUGAUUUUCCAUUAAAUACUGCAACAAUGUGUCUUGAGGCAAUAAAAUUUUCAUUGUCAGAAUGGCCUCACAUUGAAAAAUGGUAUAAUAAUUUUAAAAUAAAUCAUCCAGAUCUUUGGAAUAUUGCUGCUCAAGGAAUGAAAGAAAUAACUUAUUUUGAGGCAAAUCCACCAGAUUUAUCACACAUGGAUCAUCCAAUUCAUCCUACUCGAAAAAUAUAAAUUUACAUAAAAUAAUUAUUGCAUUACGCAUAUAUAAUUUGUAAAUUCAAUAUAUAUAUAUUUAAUUAUGGCAAUUAAUUUGUACAAUAAAAAUUUUCAUCUGA